GGACAACAUGACCAGCUGCUUUCUGUAACUGCCAGCAGGCGGCGACGAGUUUAUGCUUGCGCCGUCGACAGCAGUUCGCAUCAAAGUGGCAAUUUAACCAUCUUUAUUCUAUCAUUAACUGUGGAAAGUGUUACAGUGAACGAUGUAGACACCAAAAUGCGAGCCUUCCGCAAAAUUUUAGCAAGAACAGUGCAGCGGGUCAUUAAGUACGACGGUCUUCCCGUGGCUGUAUCUAUGGCUGUAUCGCAGACGCCUGCACACAUCGUGACCCAUGCUAGCAUGACUUCGUCGGCAGGGAAGACCCGUAGCCCCGACGAUAUCUUGUAUUUCGCCUACGGCAGUAACAUGUGGUCGCAUCGCAUGCACAUCUGCAACCCGAGCGCCAAGUUUUUCGACACUGCAGUACUCGAGGGCUACUAUGUUGGUUUUGUGGACUACUUUAAGAGCUGGCAAGGUGCUGCAGCCAUACUGAAAAAGAAUGCCGAACGCACCACGCAUGGCGUUUUAUGGACACUUCCGAAGGGAGACAUACAGAAUCUUGACCGGCAGGAGAGAGAGUAUGAAGCCGCCGAUGUGACAGUGAAGCUGCCAUCAGGGGAUAAAGUGGUCUGCCGAACAUACUUCUAUCAUACCUCAAGGCCCGGAAAGGAAGAUAUACCCUCGCUUCUCUACAAAGCCGUCAUCGUGGCUGGAGCAAUUGAACACAAGCUGCCCGACAGCUAUGUGCAAGAACUUCUGAAGAACCCUGACAAUGGCAAAACACAGGGUAGCAACAUUGGGGUGGACAUCGACAAGCUCCGGUCAUGCGUGAAUGGAUACCUUACCUUUUGAAUGUGUGCGAUUUAUUGAAGCAAUAGUUACGCAAGUAUUUAGUAAACAGUUUGUUGAAGA